AUGGACCUGCGCACCAUAAUGAACUCCGAGGCCAGCGGUGCUGCGAAACCUCAACCUCCGCCACCAUCACAGCACUCUCCUGCGCGCCAGCAUUCAGAGCCUCUUAGUACUCCGCGACCUCAAGUGUUGACUCCCGGCCCGGCAUCGUAUCAGUCUGGCUAUUUUGCGCGCCCGCCUCAACCCUCGAUACAGCCACCUCAGCAUUCCCCAAGCGCAUCCUCGACGCACAUUUUAACGCAAUCCCCAUUGCAAUACAACUCAACCACAACACUGGCUGGAGGAUCGCAUUCUAACCGCACGCAAAGUUCUCCUCCUCCGACGUACCAGCUGGCGCCCCGAGAUUCUACCCCAGCCAGCCCUGCCGUGUUCGCACAGCCCUCACUUGCUUCACCAUAUACACCCCAGUCUGGUUCGUCAAUCCAGCAGCAACAAUCAUAUUUUAAUCACUACCCCGGUUCCCAGUCUGCUCAGCACGCUCCCGGUCCUCAUUCCACGCACGGUUACUCACCCCAACCUUACGCAAGCGAGAGCCCUCGUCCAGUUAAUGCUCAACAGUCCUUCCCGCCUCAACACCAGAUAUCUCCUCCUGCGCAGCGGUCCCAGCCCGGGACACCUUUAGGUCCUCCUGCUGGUCCAUAUCAACGUCCUCCUCAAUCUGCUCGUCCUCCAUCUGCUGGAGAGAAUACAUCCGCUCAGACAUCCAACUUGUGGAAUUUCCACGAACAUCAGGGGUCUGAACAGAGAAUAGGAGGCCUACAAAACUACCAGGGUAUCCCACCACAACAUAUGGAUUCAAGACAAGGAGAAAGGCUUAAUAGUACUCAAAUCCCACCAGAAACUGAGAGAGAGAGAAGCGUCAGCAUUAGUCCGAAAACCAUUGUUUCACGCCAGAGUCUAUCCCAAGAUCGAGAGGGUAUCACGCCUCAUCGCACCAGCAUUGACGACGAUCGUUGGCGUCAAAGUCCUUCCGGCAGCCAUUCUCACAGCAGUUCUUUCGCGGACCAUACGAAGCUCGCAUCGCACACACCCCAGCCAAGCUACCCUCACGGCCCCCAAGCAAUGCAGAUGAGCAGCUCACCGUUGGCGAGACAGACACCGUCUCGCGAAACUCCUACUGCACUAAUCCAGCCUAUCAAAUCCGAAGCCUUGGAAGUGUCGGAAGUUUCCGGACGACCGCUUAAACGUAAGAAAAUGAGAUAUGACGAACCCCCGAUUUACGCUCGGAGAGUGCCUAGAGGCACUGCGAAAGGGCCAAUCAUACCAAAUCCAAGGCCACCUAUUGCAAAGAACUCUCCAGCUCGACUCUCUCUUCAUCGCCGUUCGACAUCUGUCCAGGGAGCCGCACCAUCGCCAUCCACUGCAUCGUUGCAAACUCCUGCCAGACCGCCAGCAGCGGUAAAUGGUAGCACUCCACCAAACGGUCGUCUCCUUCCUCCAGCCCCAGCAGAGCCUGUAUACGGUUUAUUAGGGCCCUGGGAGCCCUCGAUUUCAGGCAAAAUUCCCUAUGAAGAAAUUACGAAGGUCGUUUGCGAUUUUCUCUUCAAGGAAGUCGUUCUCAGACGAGACCUUGCUGCGGGAGCCGCUGGAGUUUCAGCCACAGGAUCCGGAGCAAUCUUAGAAAUUGAAGCUAAAUUAGGAAAAAUUGUGGAUAAAGAGACGAAGGGACGCCUUCGUCUUCCGGUCAUGACCGAGUGCGUCCUGAACACUUCCGACUACCGUACCGCCUUCGAAAGCUCUAUGAGUCUAGCACAACAUCGCGUGAUGAACAAUUUUCUGAAUGAAGCCGUCAAAGCCUCGAUGCCGCAGGCUGGACUCAACCGGAUUCCAUUAUCAUACGCACACAAGAAAGAACGUGACACCUUUUAUGAAUUACCUCCCAAUGAAAUACCGCCACGCUUACAGAAUUACCUUAAUCCGCGACACAAACCUAAGGUGCGAGUGACUACAGACCAGAGAACCGGCGAGGUUCUCGCAAAGAUUAUCAAAUGCCGAAUCGCAGAUUUGGACGUCUAUAGUCCUCGCACGAACGUCGAUUGGCGUAUCUCUGUCAACCUAGAAAUGAACUUUGAUCGAGAUGUGCGACAGUUCCCUAUUUCGGAUGGCGGUGCGCGGGGAAGAGUGGGUGGUGAGAGAAUCAAAGAUCGCAUGAGCUAUCGCCAUCUAGCUUAUCAAAUUGAUCUCACUCAAGUGGGAACAGCAGAGAGCCCUGUCAACCAUGAUUUCGAGCAUGAACUUGAAGUUGAACUAUCUGCAGCGGAAGUACGACGGCAAGGAGAGCUUGCCAUGGAAGGCAAUGAGAGAAAUCAGUACGAAGACCUCAUCAAGGGUUUUGUGGACAAUGUUCGAUUUCUUGCUCGAGCUGUCCCCAACGCAUAA